AUGGCGGACUCCAGGCCGGGCAUGUACCGGGGGGAAAUGAAAGACCAGCGGCGGCACGGUUAUGGACGUUAUAUUUAUUCGAAUUCUUUUUUCCAAUAUGAAGGGGAAUGGAAAGAAGGAAAGAAACACGGUCAUGGGAAGUUGCUGUUUAAGGAUGGAAGUUAUUACGAAGGCGAGUUUGUAAAUGGAGAAAUUGUGGGCAAUGGAUUUCGAUACUGGGCACAUACAGGGAAUACUUAUUCGGGCCAGUUUCUCUAUGGGGAGCUCCACGGGCACGGAGUCAUGCAGUGUAAAGAUGGCCGGAAAUAUGAAGGGGACUUCUGCUAUGGAGUGCAAGAAGGCCACGGAUUACUGACCGACAAGGAUGGGCAGCAAUAUGAAGGCAGCUUCCACGAAAACAAGAGACACGGAGGAGGGAAAAUGAGGUUCAAAAACGGGGAUGAAUAUGAAGGCGACUGGAUCCUGGACCAGAGGCAAGGCCAUGGACUGCUUCACCGUGCUGACGGGACUGUCUACGAGGGGCAGUGGAGGAAUGACACAUUCAACGGACAGGGCUCCAUAAUCCAUUGUUCCGGUGUCAUCUAUGACGGGCAGUGGCUGAAUGGCUACCCUGUGGCACAACCCCAGAAGAUGGUGAUUUUGGGACCGGAGGUCAUCGACACAGUUCCGGGGUCCGCUCACACCUUUCAGGUUCAGCUGCAGAACGAAGAAGGAGACGUUAUUGAAUGUGAGAGUGGCCGACUGCUGGAGCUCAGCGCCGGGAUCAGAGACGGGGAGCUUUUAGCGAGUUCCAAAAACAGCCUGUACAAGAUAAUGGAACUAAUAGGGAGGCAGCCGAUAGAAAGCCCCUUUACGUGUCGUGCUGAUUCACAGCGCGAUGUUGACAAAUGCAUCCUGUUGUAUGGGAAACGUUUGGCUGGUGGAAGCCACAGUGUGAAAAUCGAAGGCCGCAGGUUUGACUUGUACCAGGGAGGAGAAAAACCAAAACAGAGAUUUGGGGGCUGA